GGAUCUUGAUGGUGGUGCCCUCUUGUGACAACGGAGAAAGCUCGCCUACCGUACGCACGCAAAGGUAAGGGCACAACCCUCUGCUCUAUGAUAGUACGUUUCAAACAAGCCCUUUGAGGUCUCAAACCCGCUGUCAAAGGGCAGCGGUAGCACGACAAGAAAAACGCUCUGGUCUUUUGGACAACAAACAAUCUCACAAAUCAAGCCUUCAGCAUUACAAAACGAAAACAAGCCUUCAAAUCUUUCCAAAUGACCAAAGACAACUUGCUCACCACUGUUCUUUCGUCCGCGGUGAAAACGAGUCUGAGUCAGCAGAAGACUGUCCCCAAGAAGAAGGCAAUUGUCAAAAAGAAAAAGAAGCCAGCCCCCGGCCCCUCCCAACAACCCAAUGUCGUGAAGAAACCUGCCGCCGAGGCCAUGGGAUGGCUCUGUGUCGGCUCCAAAAAGCCCGCCAAGACCAAGCCACCUCCUGCGGCAGUCGCGAAGGCCAAGCCCCCUUCCAAGAAAGCUGCGUUGACUUCCAACGCAUUCUACCUGCCAAAGUCCUUGGAAAAGAAGCUUCAUCAGGCCAAGUCUGUGGAAUCCAAGAAACGGCCCUUUGAAGAGCAGGAAGAGACCCUUCGGCAGCAAAAGCUGACCAAGUGCCAACGCAAGAACCAAGCUCGAUCUCAAAAGCGAGCCGAGCAACGCUUGAUGAAAGAGAAAGCCACUCUUUUGCAGAAAAAGGUGGCUUUGCUCCAAGACAAAGCGGCUCUGCUUCAACAGCAGGUACAAAGCAUGACAAUCAAUGAUGACGAAGAAACAGCUUCCAUAUCCGACGAGACGGCAAUCACCACUGAGAGCAGCGCUGAAGAUACUAUCGAGACGGACCGCAGCAGCCCAGCCGGCGACUCUCUCUUGCUUGCCCUGCCUUACGAAGUCCUCACCAACGGCAUUCUCUCAUUCCUUCGCCCUGAGGAAAUGGUCAAGCUCGGCUCCACCUGCAAGAGCGCCAAAACCGUUUGUGAGGAAGGCUACCUCUGGCAGUCUCUCUUCCGCCAACGAUUCCCGGCCAGUUCUCUCUCACCCCAAAACAUGAAGGAAUGGAAGACGGCUUAUCAGCUCAGCCUCACCAACAUUGUCGACCGGUUGCGCUGCUUCUCCACCCAAAAGACCUUCAUGGAGGAUGUGUUGGGUGUUUUGGUGGACUACACCGUCAAUCCAAAGCGCCAAACCGUUGACCACGUUGAACUGUCCCAAGACCUCCUGAGUGAAACUGCGUUCGUUCAGAAUCGCGUUCGAACUGACGUAUUCGGGAACUCCUUCAAGCUGUUCCUGCCACUGUACUUCUCGGAAGAGCACUUCCAGCGAGCUCUUCCCCGCAUCCAAAAGACAAUCGUCGCACUGGCGCGAGACAGACGCGAUCGAACCUUUGUUCGCUUCCACCCCUUCAUGAUCUUGGACGUCUUCCCCAAGAUUGUUACCACCUUUGUGGUUUUGCUGAGCGAUCAGGGCAUUGCUGCCUGCCGAAAGAGCUACGAUGGCAUCACCCGCAUCCAUCGAUUGUUUUUGGCGUUGGCGCACCAAUAUCCCAAGAUUCAAACGGAGGCCUUGCGCCGGCUCAAGCUCUUCAUUGCGGACGAAAAGAACCGGGUCAAGUCCGCCUGUCCCAACCUCGGGGCCAUCCUUCCUCUCCUCAUGAUCGUGGACGACAAAGUGAUGGGCUGGCCACAAAUCCGAAUUGCCUACGUCAGGGAGACGUUCGACCGCAUGGUCUUGUGGGCCUGCAAGCAGUUCCCCCAACUCGAACGAACUCACGACUCUAUCACUGGCGUAGUCGAAUCGGAGGCUGAAGCUGAGCAACGCGUCGAGCUCACGCUCCAGGCGUCUAUUGUCAACUUGAGGCUGAUGAUGUUUCACGUCUACUUCCUGAAGGCUCUUUGCAAAGGAACGACCCAAGAACGCGCCAACCGCUAUGACUGCUUCUUUGGCCAGCCAGAGCCAAAGGAGAUGGAGGCUGUGGCGGAUGCCCCUGCUGCCGCCGCCGGAAGCAAGGACGAGGCUGUGGCCAAGGGUCCCACACCUCAUUCUGCCGUCGGGUUCGGCCACUUCCGGGAUCAGAUCAAUCACAUCGUGACGGUCCAGACAUGGCAGAAGUUCAUUGGCUUUGUCGGAUUGCCUUGUCCAUCCAGCAAAGCCGAAAUGGCCCGUCGGUUGCGCUGUCACGUUGCCAAUUCCCGACGCAAGAAGUAUCACACCGCUGGCAUGGACUUCAAUCGGGUCCAGGCCUCGGGUACUAGCCGCAUCUUGUCCAAAGGCGAGCAGUACAGCGCAAACUCCGACUUGCGCCGAGUGAUCUUCCGCGAUACGUGGAAAUUCCAGGGCGGCACUAAGUACCUAGAUGCCACCUGUCUCCUCUAUAAAGGAAAGAAACUUUUGGAGACAGUGGACUAUCGAAAUCGCCAGGGGUCACAAGGCGCGGUCGUCCAUUCGGGAGAUGUCAUGACCGCCGACGGAGGCACACACACAAUCUCUUUGGAUCUGGCGCGGGUGGACGCGGGAGUGACCUCGUGUGUCUUCGUCUUAUCAGCUUGGGCUUCGGCCACCUUGGCAGACAUUUUGUCUCCGUCUGUUUCCUUCGACGACGCUGACGCAGACGAAGACAAGGCACAGUUGUGCACUUACGAUCUGGCUGCGCAGGACAAAGUUUCCUAUCUCACCUCUGUCGUCAUGUGCCGACUCUACCGGGUGUCUGGAGGCCACAAAGAUGGCAAGUGGCAUGUACAAGCAAUCGGGGACUCCCACAAGGGAGAUGCCACGGACUACACACCGAUCUAUCAGGCCGUCGCCAAGCUGUUGUAGCUCGCCGGUGACCCCAAAACACAGCACAAACCAAAACCCCCUUCCCAAAUCAGCCCCCCUCCCCCAACCAACCAACCAAAUGGAGCGAAUACAAUCGUCCCUGUGAUCUUGAUGUAGCUUGUUCCGACACAAAAUAUGUAAAAAUAAAAAUUAGGAACGUGUUGCAUCCAUUCCCCUUGCUUGCUAGGCCGUGGCUGUUAGUACGACGCUAUGCUUUGUUUCGGCUACCCGUAUGCUGUGGCCGAAGCACGACGACGCUUGUUGCUGUAUCAUGGGCACCCCCAGGCCACGGUCACAUCCAUCCGAACAACAGCUCCGGACUAGGAAGAGCUAGCCUCAACAAAAGGAUCGAGCCACCCUCUCCGAAUCGAAUCCUUUUUUCUAAGCACUCGGAAAGUAGGUCGACGAUUGAGUCAAUCCAUCCAGGAGCUUUUUCUAUUACAUGUACCGGUAUAUGCUUUUUCAGUGCUGAUUCCCUAAAGACACCUUUUCCUAAGUUGAGUUGUAUCAUCGAUUGCUCUUGCACUCUUUGUAACGUAAUUGGUGUGUUGUCGAUUUUUCCCAUCAAUCUUUCCUUCAAAGCGAGCCUCUUCUCUUUCUCAUUAUUGCCGUAUGUCAACUAUGGCUAGCUAGCUAGAAUUGUUCCUGAUCGGGGGGUAGCUGUUCAAUCUGGAUGUCCCCGCUGUCGGCCUUUUCUGCAUCAUCCCCAGGACCUGUUUGCUGUAGAUUGACAGAAGUCAUGUCGCUGUAACAGGAAGAUGCAAUCGCCAAAGAAACAAGAAAGGACUGGGAGAGAAACAGUGUGACAAGAAGAAGUUGAUGAGUAACAAACAAAUCACGGGGACUCAAUCAAAUACCAACAAGUUUCAGACUCACAAACCAAGUAAAAUAAUACAAGUUGCCUCUGUGAAGUGGAAUAAUGCAGUAUUGGGAAUGGGUGAGAUUCCAUUCAAAACGACCAACGACCAACUCAGAUUGAUAGCUGGAAACCUACAUUGAGCUUCCCGGUCCCUUUGCGGACUGCAUGGCGAGACAGAAAAAGGAAAGAAAUGAGUCCAUGAUAAUGAGUUUCCAAAGGACGAGACGGGAACACUGUAUUUUCCUCCAAACAACAAAGCCAUGUUGCUUGCUUGCUUGCUUUCUUACAGUGAUAAAGGCCACCCCACAGGCAUUCAAAAUGGUCAGAAUGAGUGCCACCAUGCCCUCAAAGAAAAAGGACGCCGUCCUGGUAAUCAAUUUCAUGCCCACCACCACAAUCGCAAAGAAUGCUCCAAUGGUCCCAAUGCUAAUACCAAAUGUGCAUCGUCGGCAAUAAAUCUCCAAGCCCGGCUCUACGGGUUUGCAGUCAAUCUGAAAGAUAUUGGCACUGGCUCCCAUGACGACCAACGAACACGCCAGGAGGCCACCCCAGAGUUCCAUUCGUUGGGAUCGAUUCUGCACUUCUCCCACCAAAUCCAAUCCAAAGACGGACCGUAGAUACGACACCAGUAGGCAAAUGCUGGCGACAAAGGCAGCCCAUGAAAAGUAGUACAAGUUGCCAUUGAGAACCGUAUUGUUGCAUUCAUUGUUGUUGGAGCUGUGGGGUAGAAAGAAAAUAUAUAAAGGAAAGAGCAAUGAUGUGGGUAUACCGUGAGAUGAGAACCAAAAGAUCAAAAUAAUAGAAUACUACCCCCAUAUACAAAACUUAAUGGAAACGGUACGUACCUUCUGACGGCCAAAUUGUUUUCCGCAUCCGACACAAUGGACACAAUGCCACUCCAAAAGGCCACCAAGAUGAUGCAGAUGACUCCCUCCAGUUUAUUGUUGGUUACCAUGAUUGCAUACAAAGGAUGAAGUUGCAACAUGACCAUGACUGUCGUCAACGCAAACGUGAUGGAAGAGCAGGCUACCGCCCACUUGGCAUCACUGGUCACUUCUUCCAGAUCAUUCUUCACCUCCACCGAAGAACCCAGUGUCACCGUACUAAACACCAGAAAUGCUACCCACAGAGAAAACCUCGGGGACCGUCCCACUACAACCUCGCCAGUCUCGGGGUUAAUUUCAGAUGACAUACUGACUGUGGUAUUUAUUACUUGCUUGUCUCUUGUCUUCUAUAUUGAUGGUAGUAGGCUUCCCUCCUUUUUAGUUUCCAGUCGUUAGUUUGGUUUGAGUUAUCCGUGGGGCUCGAGAAAGAUCUUGCGGCGGCCGAAAAAUUGCAUCCCAACUGUUAGAAAGGUAUUUUCGUAUGACAGACAGACGACUCGGGAUCCACAGUCACGGUUCGUGAUUGGGGAUGUGUGACUCAAAUCAGAUGGUUAUCCGAUCAUCAUCAGAUGGCCAGGUGUACGAGGAACGAGGACAAUGGUCGUCUAGAUGAUGCAACUACAAAGGUUAGGAAGUUAGGUCGAAGAGAUGAAUGCAAGGAGCGAUGGGACGGAACAAAUGAAUGGACGGAUGAAGGUCCAUAGGUUUAGUAAAGUGGGAAAGCCCUCCAGGGCCAACCAUGCACUUCAGGAAGAUAGAUCGACGAGAUCUAUCUGCAGAUGAAACUGCGAGAAACAGAGGAUCGAAAGAUCCUGGUAUAUAAAGAUCCUGGUAUAUGUAUGCAUAUCGGAGCUCAGUUGUAGAGCUCACAAUCUGAACGAGAGAGAAAGAGAAAACGAAACGAAUAGCCAGUCUACUAGACAGUAGAGCUGGAAGGAUAUUGAUUAAAUUAGAGAAAUUGUGCGUUCAAGUUCACACCUUUUCAACACGUUUUAAAACGAUAGCUAUCAGGAAAGAGUGAGCUUGGAUCCAGGUUGUC